AUGAGAAAUGUGGCUAUCAAGGUUGUCAAGUUUGUUAAAGGUGGAGCCUUAAACAGUCGUCUUUUCAAACUAUUGUGUAAAGAUGUGGAAUCUGAACAUGAAGCAUUUCUUUUUCAUACGAACGUACGAUGGCCAUCAAAGGGGAACAUGUUUGGACGGCUUUAUGAACUACAAGAAGAAGUAGUAAUAUUUCUAGAUUUGCAGCAGAAGGCAGAUCUCCAUGACAAGUUCUGGUCUGAAGGCUUUCAGCUAUCUCUAGCUUACUUGGUGGACAUCUUUGAAGCAUUGAAUGCUCUCAACCUUAAACUAAAAAGGUAA